AUGGCUGUCGUGCCUAAUGCUGACGAAGCUGACCCGCAAGUGCUAAGUGUGGAUAAGUUCCUCUACGAAGACGGGGUGUAUGCUUUUACCCCGGAGCGUGUCGAGCUCGCAAAGAAGCUCUGCUUUGAGAGACUGAAGCUCUUGGUGCAGAGCGGCCAGUGCCGGAGGAUCGUUUGCACUUGUGGAUGCCCCGGCGCUGGCAAGAGCACUUGGAUCGCUGCGCACGGUCGAGAAGAGCACACCGUUUUCUUCGACGACCUGUUGUAUACAGCCAGACAUCGCGCGCAAUUCUUGCAGAAUCUGAAAGACUACGAGAUCGAGGUCCCAGUCGAGAUUGUGGCCAUCGAAAGAGACUUCGAAGCAGCGCUUGCUUCCAACUCGGCUCGGCCGGCUGAUCGGCAGGUGCCUCUCGAAGCCAUGCAGAAGUUCCGGGACAACUAUACCAGACCUGGUGGGGACGAAGGAUUUUGCAGAGUGCGAGUUUUCGGCAAUUCCUUUGAAGACAAGACUGGGCGCGGAGGGUUCAACCUCGAAGUCCAAGAAGAGGCGCUCCGCCAGAUGCAGGAAGAAGUGAGCUGCAAAUUGCCUGACCUUCGCAGCGAAGGUGACUCUCACUGGCUGGCGAACGGAGCGCAAGUGGAGCUGCAUGGCCUCCAAAAAGCUCAGACGUUGAACGGUCUACGUGGUGAAAUCAUUGGCUUCGAUGACAAGCAGCUGAGAUACCGUGUGCGGCUCCACUCCGACAACACUGUGAAGGUUGUUGCCAAGAAGAACCUGCGACUGCUGACGCUGGAGGAUCUUCAGCCUGCGCCGAUAGUUGCACCGGCCACGCAACUUAGCGGGUCCACAAGCAGUCUUCCAGCACCCAGUCAGUCCAGGGAGCUGGUGCCGGCAAGAGCUCCCCCGACGCCAGGCCGAAUCACGCGUGAGAUGGUUCUCAAGGCAGUCGACCGGGUAAAAGCGGACACUGUGGCUUUGCAGCAGCGGAUCGCUGCACGGCAGGCGGGAGGCAGCAUGACGACCUCAGACAUCUGUGAUGUGUACUUGAGGCUCGUCGCCUCUGGGGAGUCAUAUCGAGAAGUUAAGGAGCUCUUCCAAAGCCAGAACGGCCGUGAUGAGGAGCUAGAACUGCUGGGAAAUGCAGCCUUGGAAAGUAGCGAGGUCGUUGCAGAGCAAUACUUCGAAGUCCGAUCGUGGCAAGAGUAUUUCCAGGAUGAGGUCAACGUGACUAAGUACAGUGUCAAAAAGCACGGAAUACUUGGCACGCUGAAGAACGAGGUCGUUGAGGUUGGCAAUGACGUCAAGGACCUCGGCCGUGGAGCUGCAACUGUAGUUCAAAGUGGACGAGAGCAGGUGCCACACCUGGUACGAGCUGCGACGGACACGAUGGGCAACGUAGUGCAGACCGGAAGUGCUGCAGCAGCUUCUACCGGGGCGAGCUUCGCUGCAAGGAGCCAAGAACACCUCACCACGGCUGUCCAUGAAACCGUUGUGGCACCGGUGAAGCGUGCGUGGCAUUUGAUGGCGACAGGCUUCAUUCUGUGCGUCCUCGUGCCCCUGUUUGCUCUCAGGACGUAUGCUCCCCUGAACUCCGUGGUGUCAAACCUAGGUCUGCUAUGGCUCUUGGUUUGCACAUGCUGCCCACCCAGGGGAAUGAACGGAAGAGGAGGGAAGUCUGCGCUGCUGCUGCUCUAUCCGUUGCUAACAGUGGUUUUGCCACUGGCACUUCACUAUUGGGCAACUCAUCCUCAGCUCUCACAAGAUGUCGGCGACAUGUUCCGUCGAUUGCCGGAGCAAUUGGGCCGAAUUCCUGAGCAGCUGAAGGAGCUGCCUGGCAUCAACAAGCUGCGGUGUAGCGAUAACGACCAGAGCUGCCCUACGCCCAGUCUGAGAGGGUCAGAGGCACCAGAAUCUGGGCCAGGGUCGUAG